UUGGCUUGUUGCAAAGGGAUAACACCACUUUUCCCAAAUUGCAUAGGUUACUGAGGACCAUUUCUUCUAUUGUAUACUUUUUCAUAUCUUUCAAUAUCAUUUAAAUAUUCAUUUGAUUACUAUUGUUAUUAUCUGCAUUCUGCUAUUAUCUAUGUUAGUUCUUUGUAUAUUAAGGUGAAAAUGUUUCUUGUUUGUCAACAGUGCAAGAUAUUUGUUGGUUCACAAAUACAGUUGAUACUUUAAAAACAAUUAAAUUAUAUAAACUUUGUUUAUUGACUAUAUUUAUACCGAUUAAGUAUAAUACAAUUUAUUGAGUUAUAUGUGUUGUAAACAAGGCAAUAACAGCUAAAAGUCAAAAGUAAUCGUCAGGCAUUACAUCUUUGGAACUUUUAAAAAAGAAGAAUAUCUAUAAAAACGGUAAAUCAAUAUUUAUAUGCUAUUAUCAUUGCUUACUGACAACAGCCUCGUGCCGCCGCCCAUAUUAUGUCGUUGAUUUUUUAAACUCGCAAGUUGUAAAUUAUUUAUUUAAUUUGUCAAACUUUAAUUAUGACCAACAUUUUUAAAAUAGUACUAUUGUUGUUUUCAACGUUUUACCGUCAAGUUUCAGUGACUGCCGAAUCUUAUAACGAAGAGUUGUUUAUUAGACCAUUACCUACUGGUUACGUGUAUUCGUUUUUCCAAUUUACCAUUGUCCGCGAAGAUAACUUGUUUAACCACACCCAUUUGUUUCCUCACUCGCUGGGUGACAUCAUUAAUCGUUUCAAUGUGGAUGAACUCAACAUUGACCUGACGUCUGGUUUGUGGAGACACAAAGCAUGGGGCUAUCCAGCUAUAGAUGCUCCGUCAGGCGCAGAGAUAUCUGCACGUUUUCACAGCAAUACAGAAGACGUUAACAAAAAUUGGUUUGGUUUGACAAAUGCCCUAUCAGGUUUAUUGUGCACGUCUCUUAACUUUAUCAAUAAGGCAAAUACUUUUGAAUCAUCCGAAGACAGAGUUUAUCGCUAUUCCAAUUUGCCACGAGAGAAUGUGUGCACUGAAAAUUUAACACCAUGGAAAAAACUGUUGCCUUGUGAUUCUUCCAGAGGACUGUCUAGCCUUUUAAAUUCAGGUCGAGUACACAAUGCUAAUUAUCAUUCAUUGGGUAUUCACUUCCGGCCUAUAUGUGAUGGCGAUAACUGUGUAUAUGAACUUCGCCAAACUGUAUCAUUGGUGUACGAUUCAACUUUUAUAAGUUUUAAUAAUAAUUACGAUUGGUCACUACGUAGGAUGUUUGGUACGGGUUUAUUCAAAACUUGCCCUUUAGCAGAUAGCAGUAAAAUCUAUGUAGACACAUCUUCUAAUUCUAGUGUACCUUACGCAAUUUCACAAGAGCCAGAUUACUUUAUUAAUGGAAAAAUUGGUGUGUAUAAUCUUAAAGACGUUUUUCAUUUAGCUGCAUCUGUCCCAAAGCCCAAAAUGGUUGUCUCUGAACUUCGCCCUAUAUUGUAUACGGAUCGAUUUAUUACAGGUUUUGGACAAGAGUAUGGUGGAUUAGUCACACGUAUUUAUAAUGAGCAUACAUCUCCAAUUGUAGUAACUGUGAUUGAAAACAUUCCUUGGUUUUUGCCAAUUUACUACCAUACAUUAAAAGUGAAGUGUAAUGGUGUUCAACUCUCACCAAAAUCGUUGGUUUAUAAGCCUGGAAAAGGAAGAACACGCAUUUAUUAUUUAAAAAUGGUUUUGGAAUUAGCAGCACGUUCAACAACAGAAAUAUCCAUACAAUUUGAUUAUGUAUUUUUAAAGUGGCAAGAAUACCCACCAGAUGCUAAUCAUGGGUUUUACAUAGGAUCUUCAACAGUAAUAGCAACUAUUCCUAGACAUUUGACGCCUUUGACAUUUGACAAAUCGUUGAUAGUCGAUAACUUAAAUUCAUCAGAUUUUAAUUAUGUUAUAAGUUUAAAAACGGAAAAUUUCAUCAUAACGUUGCCGACUCCAGAUUUCAGUAUGCCAUACAAUGUCAUUUGUUUAGCUUGUACUGUUGUUGCAUUGGCGUUUGGGCCUAUUCAUAAUAUUACUACAAAAAGACUGAAAUUAACAACUGCUAAAUAUGUUCCUGGAUUAGCCUCAGUUAUUAAAAAAAUGUACAAAUGGAUGAAAAAUUUGAUACUUCGUAGAAAGUUUCAGAAAAUCGGUGCUGCUACAGUUAAAGUUUUAUCCCCUAAUGAGUUGAGUUAUCAUUCUACACUGGGGCAUGUAUCAGAAGAAUUUAUGAAAAAUCAAAUUGUUAACGACACUUAAUUUUUGUAUACUUUUACUAAAUAUAAUUUUCACUUUUCUAUGAUUUUUCUGUAUAUAUCUUUUUAUCUACUAUUGUUUGUAAUAAAACCAUGCAAAAAGUUGUAAAUUACAUGGUAAUUAAAAAUCAGUGUAAUUUAUUAUUGUUGUUUUAUAAUUUUGUAAAAUAUGUUUCCCUACAAGCUUGCAUUUCUUAAACAGAUAGUGUAUUAGUUAAAUACUAUUACUAAAAAAAUUCAAGUAUUACACGAUACUAUGCAUGUAAAUUGAUUGGUUUUUUUUUAGUCAAACCGAAAUAGACAGUAUUUGUUGUAACUGUAAAAUAUAUUUUGAGUAGCACAGAAAUACCAUUAUAAUUUAUUAAUAAAUAAUAAUAUGUUUUGUCAAACUAUAUUUAUAAUUUAAUUGUUUUAUAAAAAGUAUCAAAUGUUUUAUAAACUAUUAUGUGCCAUAUUUUGUUUUACCCUUUAAUUG